AAAAUACAAGUCUUUCUCACUGCAAUUUCCCAGCAUUUCAAAUAUUCCUCUCUUUCAUACUAUCUCUGCCUACUGAAUUAUACUCCUAACCAAAGUUUAAUUCCCCAUCAAACAAACAAAAUGAAGCAAAAGGUUGUUAUCAGAUUAUCUUUCAAUGGAAAUGAUCAGAAAUAUCGGACCAAGGCCUUUAAGAUUGCUGUUUCUCAAUCAGGUGUGGAAUCAGCAGCUAUAACAGGGGACGGAAAGAACCAACUAGAAGUUGUGGGAGAAGUAGACGCCGCGACUCUGACAAGAUUGCUCAGGAAGAAUUUGGGUCAGGCGGACCUUGUGAGCGUUGGCCCAGCUGGUGGCGAUAAAAAGCCCCCAGCUGCAGCUGCAGCUCCAGCUCCAGCUACAACUACAGUGAUUCAGUCGCAACCCGGCUCGUACUAUUAUCCCUAUCCGUCUUAUCAAUACCCUGUUUACCAAGUUACAGAUUCGUAUGGUCAAUCCAACUGUUCAAUUAUGUGAAAUGACAAUUUGUACAACAGGAGGGAUCCAAGAUGAUAAUUCUAUUCACUGUCAAAUAUUUAUUGAUAUGUUAAUAGAUAUAUAUAGUUUGAACAAGAGCUAUUUAGUUAACGUGAGCUCGAACUCACACACCACAAAAAAAAUGAUACUAGAAGGUCGAAACAGAGUAUCAUUCAAGUUUUUGGUCCCCGUCCAGAGAGCUUAAUGGAGUAUCUAGUAGAUGAGUUUUGGUUUUCUUUUUUUCAUCUUUCUAUGUAUUUGACCGAGUAAUUUGUACAUUUUGAAAUUAGAGAAAACAAUCUUGAAUUUAAUUUGUUA